ACGAUGGUGAACUCCGACACUAUUUUUUCAGUAUCCGAAGUCGAAGACAGGGAAGUUCCCCAGAAAAACUGGUAUCAUUAAUAAAACAAUUUCACACCGAGUCAUGACUCCGACAUAAAUUCUGACUCAUCCCUCAUCCCACCUACAAAGACCGUUAGAGCGAAGGGACUUUUGUGCCAUACCUACCAUGGAUGCCAUUGAUCUACGACAUCACUUGAACACGCUCUCACUCUCUCGUAGUCCGAGUCCUUUGAAGGAUAUCAUCAAUUAUAUGACUAUCGAUGGGAUGCUCAGCUUGGCCGGAGGUCUGCCCCACCCAUCUCUAUUCCCCUUCGUCAAUCUUGAAGCCGACGUAUAUGCACCCACUGUCGAUCUCAACUCCGACACCCGGGAGCUCGUGCAUUUGACCGUUCACAGGGACGAUAAAAAUCAAGGUCAAGUCGUAGAUCUGGCUGGUAUUCUACAAUAUACCCAAGUGAUGGGUAACUCGUGGCUACUGCAGUUCACGCACGAGUUCAUGCGUACAGUGUUCCAACCUGGGUACGGAAACUACGAGACACUAUUGAAUGAGGGUAACACGGACGGAUGGAACAAAGUCGUGAGUCUCCUCUGCGAGUCUGGUGACUGUAUUAUUAUCGAGAAGUACACAUACUCAAGUGCGCAGGCAUUGUGGAUACCGAUGGGAUGCAAAGGAGUCCCAAUUGACAUGGACGAGGAGGGGAUGCGCGCCGAUGCACUAGAAGAUGUCCUUCAACAGUGGGACGUCAAGCGUCCCGGCGAAAAACGACCACAUGUUCUUUACACCGUACCUACUGGCCAGAAUCCCACAGGUUGCGCUAUGUCUGCUCGUCGUAAACAAGAUAUCUAUUCCAUCUGUGUAAAAUACGACAUCAUCAUCGUGGAAGACGACCCGUACUACUUCCUCCAGUUUGAAGAAUACAGGCGUGGCAGAAAUCGAUCCGCAACUCCUCCUAAAUACGACGAACCGACAUUUCUACGAUCUCUCGAACGUACGUUCUUGAGUUUUGACACGCAGGGUCGAGUUAUUCGUCUGGACACGUUCAGUAAAACUCUAGCGCCUGGCAACCGUCUAGGGUGGUUCACUUGCAACCCCCUCUUCGCCGAACGUUUACUACGCGGAGCGGAGGUGACCACUCAAGCGCCGUCGGGAUGGAGCCAGGCGAUCAUAGCAGAACUCCUGCGGUCUUGGGGUCCUGGAAUUAGUGGAUAUCUCAGGUGGCUGUCGAGCUUGAUCAAGCAGUAUGAGGUUCGUAGAGACUGGAUGUGCGACGCUAUCGCCGAUGCAUUUGAUGUUGAGAAGGGGACGGACGGAGAAGGACUCGUCGCCUAUUCUCAAGGAAUAAAGUUGUUCAGUUUCGUCCCGGCACGGGCAGGGAUGUUCUUGUGGUGCAAGAUGUAUCUGGGAGAGCAUAGAGAUUAUCUGGAAGCGAAGCAGAAUAUUAGAGAGGGGGAGGAUUCGGAAGCCAUUUUUGAGACGAGGAUUUGGAAAGAGCUGCUUGAGGAAAAGGUUUUGCUUACACCGGGGUCUUACUAUACGCCGUGGCAAGGAAAAGAUAGGAAGUCGAUUGCGACUUCAGGCAGAGAACCUGAUGUGGUCUUUUUCCGGUUGGCAUUUUCGAUGACUACGAAAGAGGAUGUGGUUCCUGCCAUUCAAAGAAUGGCAAAAGCCCUGCGACUUUCAUGGGGUAUCGCUUAGGUGCUUUGUCCCACCCUGCAUGGAUCGUGAACGUUAUUCCGAAUAAGUUCAAGUACUUAAAUGUAUCGUGCCCCAUUUUCAUUGUGGUAGGUUGAGAAAUCAUGAGAACAGAUGGCAAGAAGCUUCCCCGACGGUGGGAAUUCCUGUCGGAAGUCAGCCAAAUCCGAGGGACUUCAAGUUCGUAACAUAGAAUUCAUUUAGAGAUACUGGUUUCUUAGCUCCACCACGUUUCAGGAGAUUUCAAUGUUCAGACGGGGAAGAGGUGCAUCAGAAUCUCAACAAAAUUCUUAUCGGUUUCAAUAGUU